AUGCCAGCAUCAACGACCGCAUCAUCAACACCCUCUCUCAAAGACAAACUCCGUGAUUUGAAACAAAAACAACAAACACUCAAUGUACAAGAACAAGAAUAUAAAGACAAGAAGGAACAAGAAGAAGUGGAGGAAAUUAAAAAGGAUGUCAUGAUGGCUUUUGAUGAUUCAUCCGAUGAGGAAGAAGAGGAAUUGGAAGAAGAAGUGGUGCAAGAUAGUACCAAAACAGAAGAAGAAGAUACCAUCGAGGAAGACAGAGUUCCUCACUUCCAAGCCAAGAAAGAAGAAGCAGUGAAUAGAAUUGCAACGAUAUUUGAAAACUUGAAACAAAGUCGUCUUUCAUCUUCCGAUUCCAAUAAGCAAUCAUCAACUUCUAGCAGCAAUGAUAUUGUUGAUUUUUCAAAUACCAAUAGAACUUUUGUGAUUAAGAGACUUCCUCAUGGUUUUUAUGAAGAGGAAAUUACAAAAUUCUUCUCCCAGGUCGGAACCGUUCUCAAUGUCAGAAUUCCAAAAAGUAAGAAAACAGGUCAUCCUCUUUUUAAAGCCUACGUUCAAAUGGAAGAUCCAGAAAUUGCUCAAAUGAUUGUUGAAACUUUUGAUUAUUAUUUACUAAAUGAUCGAGUGAUUCGUGUCUCCAUGUUGGAUGGUGAUAAUCCAGUGGCAAGACAAAAACAAAUUUUCAAAUUUAAAAAGGAGGAUAGCACUAGUGAAUUAUUGGCUCACGGAGAAGCUGCCAAGUUGAAGAAGCAACAAAAAUUGUUCAGUGGAUUUGCUCGAAAUGAUGCUUCCAAGAUUGUAAAGAAAUCAAAGAAGAAUAAGAAGGAUUAUUUGAGGAAAAUACGAAACAAAUUGCAAAAGAAGAUUAAUGAGAGUGUUUCAUCGAAAUAA